UACUCUGCCCGCUGACUGACUGGAGUGCACAAAAUCCCAGUUUAUGUUGGUUAAAUCAAUUUGCAGUUUAUUGAUGUGCAUUGCAAUUUGUUUGCAAUAGAUUUAGGCACAGACAACAUGUCUGCAAAUCUUUCAAAUGCAGACCAGUUUAAGAGAAAUGACGAUGAGUUCAGAAACACGAUGGAAGCUCUUUUUCAGAAGUAUUCCAGUCUAAAUGAUCCUGGAAUAGAAGUCUGUCUGAAAACAAUGACCUGCAGAACUGAAAGAGGUCCUGUGCCUAUUGACAGUGCAGAGGGAGAAGGUGAACUAGAAGCUUUGAAGACUAGACUGAAAGACCAUUCGAUGAGGGAAUUUGUGGACCAGAAUGAUGAUGAUCAGAUGGAUGUGUCAGGGAUCACUGAGGAUGAUCUUAAUGGCUCCGAUCAACAGAACAAUGAAAAUCUGUGGCAUGGUGAGUCAUUCCAGCUCUCUAUGAAUCUGACCAAUUCAUCUCAUAGCAGUCUGUGGGGGGUGCCCUCUCAGCCUGAGGAAGAGGAUGAAGAACUGGAGAAAACACUGAGCAGUCAUGGCAGUACCCUCCUGGACGUCUAUCCCAGCAUGCUCAAUCAGAUUGGCGAAGCAUAUCGGCGGCAGCACAUGAAGGAUACUGCUAGGGGUGUGCUGCAAAAGUAUCGCCACAAACGCUGGCAAGCUAGCCAGGCGCACCCUCGCAACACUUCCUUUAAGAAGAGACACAAUGGAACACUGAACAAGACAACGGAGAUCUCAUUCACCAAAAAAAGUCCAGCUCAAUGGAACAUAAGUUGCUCUAUGAAGGGUAGCAUCAAACUUCAAGACAUGUUCAAGAACAAACUGAAGUCUUCACCUCUGAAAAGCUCAUCGUAUGAGGCCAGUGGCUGUUUUUACUCACCUAGGAGGGACCGUGUUGAUGAGAGUUUUGAGUCGCCACAGACUAACCUGCUUUUAGAUAGGAAGCCAAAGCAGAACUCUGUUCGUGUGAUUGACUUCACCACACCUCCUUACUCUGUCUCCCCACUUAGUGACCAGUCUCCUGACCUAAAUCAAACCUACAACAUUGGACCCACUGUUUUAUCUACUUCUCAUGCUGUUCCAGGAUCAUUGGUCUCCAUUUCCCCACGACCAGCAUGGCGCUCACCAGGAAGACCAGCUAAAGCCCUGUCUCUUGUCAACCAGAGAGGAAUGUCAAUCACAUCUCAGCCCUCCAAUCAGCAGCCAGCCUUCUCCUCAUUGGACAAAAAUGGCUUUAGAGAACACCUGCACUCUCCAGUCUCCUCCCCAAAGCGUGGUCUCAUUAGUUGUUUUUCUCCUAGUGGGAAGAAUACCUUCAGAUCCACAUUGUUGAGAGAUGAAAGUCAUCAAUCAAAGCCAACAGAAAUACACAGUCCAAAGCGAAGAUCUCCUAUCCGCUAUCUACCUCAAUCUGAGGUACACCGGUCUCCUUAUGGUGGGAAACGGGAGCAGUUGUCAUCAACCCAGCGUCCCCUUUACCACAACACCGAUCAUCGGGAAAGUUUUUCCAUGUCUGAGAAGUCGCAGAUCAGUCCCAGACUCAAUAAAUGUCAAUGUUCUCUUUCUGGGUCCCAGUCCACUUCCUUGUCAAAAUAUGACUCUUUCAGGGAACCUCAAAUUGAUGCAGAAUUCAGGAAGCUGUAUCACCACUUCAUCUGUCGUGGUACAUCUUCACCAUGCCCUACCACUCACUGUCACCUAUGCGAGAGACAGUUGAAGGAGAUGUCCCAAAGCCCCAGCUCUUCCUCCUCCAGCAUGUCCACUCUUGCUCUCACACCCCUGAGAGCCACAUUCAAGAAGCGUCGCCAUCAGCCCGAUGUGGACGGGUCGUUUAGAUUUAAACGCUUCCGUGAAAGUCGUUCCCCACUCAAGCAUCUCCAAAUCUUGCCAUAUCAACUGAAAGACAGAUAUACGAGUUCUGCCAUGUCAGAACCUAGUGAGGACAAACAUGCCUGGGAUCGGGCCGUCCUGCUUCAGUGCCCCAGCCCCUGGUUCCUCAGAGGCACUGGAAACCUCAGAAAGAUCAGGGAGGCUAAAUUAGCCAUGCAAAUGAACCCAUGUGCAAUGUCUUGGAGAAAUGUCACUAGUGGAGUCCAUGCAGCUGAAGUUUGUGAAGUGCACCAGUCCCUCCUGCAGCAAAGCACCCUCACAACAUGACGCUGCCACCCCCAUGCUUCACAGCUGGGAUGGUGUUCUUCGGCUUGCGAGCCUCACCCUUUUUCCUCCAAACUUAACGAUGGUCAUUAUGGCUGAACAGUUCAAUUUUUAUUUCAUCAGACCAGAGGACAUUUCUCCAAAAAAUAAGAUCUUUGUCCCCGUAUGCACUUGCAAACUGUAGUCUGGCUUUUUUAUGGUGGUUUUGUAGCAGUGGCUUCUUCCUUGCUGAGCAGCCUUUCAGGUUAUGUCGAUAUAGGACUCGUUUUACUGUGGAUAUAGAUACUUGUCUACCUGUUUCCUCCAGCAUCUUCCCAAGGUCCUUUCUGUUGUUCUGGGAUUGAUUUGCACUUUUCGCACCAAACUACGUUCAUCUCUAGGAGACAGAAUGCGUCUCCUUCCUGAGCGGUAUGAUGGCUGUGUGGUCCCAUGGUGUUUAUACUUGUGUACUAUUGUUUGUUCAGAUGAAUGUGGUACCUUCAGGUGUUUCGAAAUUGCUCCCAAGGAUGAACCAGACUUGUGGAGGUCCACAAUUUUUUUUCUGAGGUCUUGGCUGAUUUCUUUUGAUUUCCCACGAUGUCAAUCAAAGAGGCACUGAGUUUGAAGGUAGGCCUUAAAAUACAUCCACAGGUACACCUCCAAUUCAGUACAGCUCCUAUCAGAAGCUAAUUGUCUAAAGACUUGACAUCAUUUUCUGGAAUUUUCUAAGCUGCUUAAAGGCACAGUUAACUUAGUGUAUGUAAACUUCUGACCCACUGGAAUUGUGAUAUAGUCCAUUAAAAGUGAAACAAUCUGUCUGUAAACAAUUGUUGGAAAAAUUACUCGUGUCAUGCACAAAGAAGAUGUCCUAAACGACUUGCCAAAACUUUAGUUUGCUAAUAUGAAAUCUGUGGAGUGGUUAAAAAAACUAUUUUGAAUUACUUCAACUGUAUUUCUGUGUCUCAUUUAGCUUGUUUCUGUAUUUUUUUUUUUUUUUUAACAGCUCAGUCACCCAUUAGAACUUUUAAUCAGGGUACGAUCCCACUUUCUCCAAGGUAAUUCCAGCACACUCACUCGCAAGAAAUAGUAUAUCAAUUAACUUAGCUUGGUUUAUCUUAAAAUAUGAAAUAUUACGGAAUUUGUUUUCUUCAGUCUCUCAAGAAGGCGACUCCAGUAUGGUCUUCUGCAGUGAUGAGGUUUCCUGUGCGCACCCCAUAAUCCUGUAUUUCCCCUCUAUGGUUAAAUAUAAUACAUAUUGUGAAUACUUCCAAGUUCACCCAAGAGAAAAUACAGGGGAUAACAAGUCAGUUGACACUGAUAUUCAACUGUCAGUUUACUUGUUUUAAAUGCAUAUGUACUUGUAAAUGCAACGGUUGUAAUUUCAAAGUAGUUUUUUUUUAAUGUGUUAAUAUCUUCACAAGAC